AUGAUGUCGUUCUCUCAGUGUAUUGGAAUUGGGCUGUUCCUGCAGAAUGGGCGUACCCUUUUCCUCGCAGGACCUGGCCUUGCAACUUUGGCUUACUUUCUUGCCGGCACCGUGAUGUGGUCGAGUGCUGCAUGUCUUGGAGAAAUGACAGCACUCUUUCCUGUUAAAGGUCCCAUCUUCGAGCUUCCUCGAAGGUUCUUAGAUGAAUCUCUAGGGUAUGCUGCUGGGUGGAUUACGUGGUACGCAAUUUCCCCUAACUUUUCUGGCCGCUCUGCUGAGCUAGUCGCUAUAACACACAUCUUCCAAUUCAAAUACCCACCGGAACAGCUCAUCGCCGACGGAUACCCCGAUGCAGCCCUUGAGUGGAUGCCGCACAUAUCCCCGACCGUCAUCGUAAUGAUAUUCCUCUGCAUCUUGUUGCUUAUUAACCUCCUCCCAGUCCGGCAUUUUGGACAGCUCGAGUAUGCGUUCGGUGUGAUCAAACUGAGCUUCAUCGUUCUUAUGAUCGUACUCAACACAAUACUGCACUCAUGGCAACGUGUCGAUCGAGGGGGCCAUUUCUGGACAUACAGGGCCCCUUACUCUGCUGGAUCGCAAAACAUUACGCUACCUAAUGGACAUGUAGUGGAAGGAUUCGCAGGAAAGCUGGGCGGUAUGUGGGAAGCGAUGCUAACGUGUCUAUUUGGAAUGAUUGGGUUCGAGACAGUAGCCAUCACCGCUGCAGAGAACCGAGAUCUGCGGUCUGAAGAGACAGUAAAGCUUGCCACUAGGAAAAUGUCACUGCGGAUCAUCACUCUAUAUACCCUCGCAACGUUUACCGUUGGUCUCAACGUACCAUACACGCACCCACUAAUCAAAGAUACAAACGUCAUCAGCUUUGGUUAUGGAGAGAACUCGGCCUUUGUCAUCUCUACAGUCUUGAACCAUCUGCGGGUCUGGCCGUACUUUAUCAACGGGUUCAUUAUUUUUUCGGCUUCUACGGCUGGCGCAAAUGGAAUCUACAAUGCUUCGCGGACUUUACACGCGCUGGCGAGCGUCCAAGAUGCUUGGCCCGACUGGGCUCCGAUUCAGGCGGUCAGAAGGAGGCUCGAAAGGACAUAUUAUGGUGUUCCACUUGGCGCAGUCUUGUUCAGCUGGGCCUUUGGGAUGCUAGGCUUUCUUGGAAGCAACACCAAUUCUGCACUCAUUCUCGGGCGUAUGGUACGGUGCGUAGUUAUAUCCAUGCUGACAGUAUAUGGAAUAAUCGCCUGGUCCUUUCUUGAGUUUUAUAAAAUUAUCAAGCAAGCUGCAAGUGGUGACGACGAAACGAUCGAUGACAAAGACGACCCAUCUACUCGGCAGCGUUACGACCGUAACUGCCCUCAGUAUCCCUACAAAUCGCACGGCCAAUGGAUGCGGGCCUGUUAUGCCUUCACUGCCUGUACGCUUUUCAUCCUCUUCAAUGGAUGGCGUACAUUCAUUUCACCGAUGAAGACAGCAGACUUCAUUGCAUGUUAUAUUCCUAUUGUUUUGUUUUGUUUUAUAUCAAUCUGCUAUCAAAUUAAAUUGAACGGGUGGAAUCCGAUGCAAUGGCGGCGCCGUGCGUCGCGAGAAUUGCAGAAUCCACCUCCUCAGAUUGCUACUAGCUUGCCACGGCGGGGCCAUAUUGCGCUCAAUGAUCCUGAUAAUCUCUUCACGACCGCGAAUUUUCGUAGCUUCUUUCAGUGGGUCUGGGUUUGGAUGAAAUGAUCAAGCUUGGUGGGAAAUGGUUAGUGCGGCUAUUUCAGGCGCAG